AUGGGCCGCGGUCAGAGCCAUCGGAAGAAGGCCAGGGCAAUGCAGCAGCCAAUGACGAUGAUGAAUCCGAUGUUCAUGAACCCGGCAAUGAUGAUGGGCAUGGGCAUGCCGGGCAUGCAACCAUGGGGAAUGAACCCCAUGGGAAUGAUGCAAGGAGGGAUGCAUCCACCUCGUGGUCGUGAUGAGGGUUCAGAUGAUGGUGACCUUACCUCGGAAUCCGAUGGUGGUCAGCCCGCAGCUUCAGCAGCAAAGGCUUCCGCUGCAAGAGUGCCGUCCUUGGACACUGAGGAUGCAGCCAAUGAAGCUCUGAUGAACUUGAUGCACAGCAGGGCGCAGCUCUUUUCAUCGAAAGAUGAGGGCGACAAGAUCACCCGGAGCGCAGCGAUGAUCCGCAAUCUCCCCAAGGACCGCUGUUUUGAGUCCAAGAAGAUGUGUUUCACUACUAUUUUUAAGGUGCAGAAUGCUGUGACAGCGAUGAAGGCGGAACCGAUGUUGUCAGAUGGAUUCAUCAACGCCCUGUCUGAAGCUCAAGGCUAUCAGGAGGUGUGGAUGGUUGAGCAUGAGCCCAAAGCCCGUGGACGGGGUGCGAAGGCCGUGGCCGCAGAGCGGGCAAGAGAAGUUGAGACCAACCGCAGCCUACCAGAGAUGAUGAGGGGUGCUCAGUUCUCCGUGGCUCCGGUUUCAGCUCUGUCGCUGCAAGGACCACCUCCACAUCGCUCGACCGUGAAUCAGGAAGCGCCUGCUCGCCCUCCAAUGGCUGUGCCUGUCCGACCUCCUGUCGCUCCCAAUGUUGACCAGAUGCUUGUGGAAUUGGCAGCUCACCCCAAAGCCAAGGCGGCGGCCCGUCCCAUGUUGCCUCCUCCACCUGUUCUUCUCAAUGGUCGUGAGCUGGAGUCUCUGCAGGUGAUGGCAAAUGAUGCUGCAGCUGAAGACCAAGACUUAGACCACGACUUAGACCAAGCCUUAGACCAGCUGGAGCAGACGGAUGAGGCCGAGCCUGCAAAUGGUGCAGAGGCGCAGCGUGAGCCUACAAAUGGGCGUCAGGAAGAGGAGGACAUCAACAUUUGCAUCAUCUGCCGCCAAGCUCUGACCGCCCCGGAUCCGGAGUUGGGUGGGCCCCAAAUGUUGCAUUGCGGGCAUACGUUUCAUGCAGCGUGCCUUGCCCAGACAUGGCGCAUCGGUAACCAUGCGCAAGGAUGGUGUCCCUUCAAGUGCAACGUGCGAGCUAUGGCGCUGCAAGCGCACCAAGCUGGCUCAAAUCCGCCUCAAUUGGUCUCAAAACAAGCCACCAUGGACGCGCUCAACCAGAAAGUGAAGAGCAUCCAACAGCGGGAGCAAGAGAUUGAGAGACGAUUUGAGGAAACAAGCAAGUUGGUAGAUCGAUCCACCUUGGGCGCGGUGGCGGACUUCCCGGUGAACGACGAGGGUCAGAUCUAUGUGGCUGGCGCUGAGGCUGAGAUGGAGCAGUUGCAGCAAGAGUUGAACCAUUUCUACACCAUAGACGACCAGUGUGGUGGAAGAUCGCAAAGGGUGUGGGCUCACUACUUGAGUGUGGCCUUUCCAUGGAUGGCAGGAUGGUGUAUUAACAGCAUGCUCCUGGCCCUGCUAAUGCGAGCCGUGCAUCAUAGGCGUUGUGGCCACUGUUGGCUACAAUACAUCGAAUUCUUUUGUGGCCAGGGGAACUUGUCGAAGCAGGCCUUGCGCAAAGGCUGGCAGGGAGUCAGCCUGGACCAGGAGGUGAACCAGAGUCACGACUUGUUGGAGCCUCACGGCCUCGAGUUGUGGCGGAAGACUCGCUUGCUAGGAGAGGUGAAGAUGGGCGCUAUUCAGGAUGCAAAGAACGGCUUGUGGAAAGCCAAGUCUAUUCACCAAUGUUUGGACAAGCAAUCGUUGAAGCGAUCCAAGAGGAGUGGUUUGGCGUAUGAGGCUGUGUUGUUGUGCAUGGAGAAGUUUGAGGCCUUGAGAGAGGCUUGCCAAAAGAUUUGCAACCUCCUGGGCGACCGUUUGAUCAUCCAACCACUCAAGAAUUUGUGGUGUGAUUUGACGACCCUUCGUGUGCUGGUCAACCUCUCUUGUGGUGGAGGCAGCCUGCUGGAUGAAGGCAAUCCGCUGGCAUGGAGUGAGAUACCCGCGCACUUGGUCCAAUGUCCUGAGAGCAUACCGCUUCCAACAAAGCAGCUGCAGCUGAAAGCAUUGUGGAGACAACGCUGGACGCAGAUUGUGUCACGCAUUUUAACCUUGCUGCAGACGCUUCGACGCAUGCAGGCCAACAACGCUUUACGCGCCGAGAAGAUGGCAGAGUCAGGGCUGGAUAUCUUCACGAGGACGGAGGAGAAGAAACGUGCAUUGGAAAUCAUGAUGGCCCGUGAAACUCCUGAAUCUGUGCCUGCCUUCAUGGAGAAUUGGGAGGCCAUCAAAAAAGAAUUGCGGUAUUUUGCAAGAGUUCACAAGCUACCUGCAGAGUGGUCAAAUGUGAUGUCCAGGAAGAAUUGGGCGACUUUGAGUGAAGAAGCCAUUCACAAAGGUAUUGCAGCGCUGAACUUUUUGCGGCACUAUUCUAUGUUCAACCUUGCGCAAGAAGGGGUUCGGAUUCAAUCUGGACAGUUGAGCAAAUUUGCCAUGGAACUUACCAUCAUGUGUAACAGAGAUGAAUUUGAUGAGGUUCGAUACAUUGGCUUCAGUCUUGGUUCUGCAGACUGGGCAGUGCUUUUUUGGCCUCUUCAACGCUUCUCUGAUGGCUCCGGCAAAGACCUCUUUUACUUAGACCCAGCGGGUACAGCCGAGUGGAAGUUCUUGCUCAGUCCUCAACGGUGGCAGGUUGUGGAUCAUGAGGUGGUGGUUGAAAGUGGCAAGAUCUUCAUGGCACCAACUACUUCGCAGCCGCUUUUGAAAGCAUUUUUUGGAAACAUGCAAUGUCAAAAGUCAGUGACAAUACCAGACAUGGCUUUGCUUGCUGAAGUGUUGACCAUGCCGGAAGAGCUCUUCAAUGUCAAGCGUAUGCGACGCGAUCAGCUGUUGCACGCUCUUGUAGACAAAAUUGGGGCCAACGAUGAGCCGUGGGUCAAAAAAACAAAGGAACUCAUGCAGACUCCCAUAAAAAGGAAAAACAUCGGUGAUGUGCUUGACGAGCUGGUUCUUUCAGAAAUGCCAUUGGAGGAGCAGCGUGAGUUUAGAGAAGUAGCAGAGGAGAUCCAGUCCAAGAAACAAACCGGCUGGUCGAUUGUAGAACAAAAGUGGCGCGACAGUGCUGUGAGUGGACCAGAUGCAGAAAUUGAAGUGGCAGCUCCGGUUGUGGAGCCCAGAGUUCCGGAAGUAGUUGCUCCAGCUGUGGCAGAACCCAAUGCAGCCCCUGAAGCUCUUGCGCCCGACGCAGCUGAAGUAGCUGUGCUCGAUGGUGCCCCUCAACCUCCAGCUGCGGGAGCAGCCCCAGGUGAUGCUCGGCCUGACCCUGCACCUCGUGGGCCAAGAGCCGCUGGCCGUGGAUUUAUCAACGUGUGGACAGAUGUGCAGCGCUCGAGUUGCUCCAGUGUUGCAGGCCAGAUUAAGUUGGAUCCCUUUCCGGGAUCUCGGGAUGCACCUACAUGGUUCAUGCGCAUCAAGCAAGCCGAUGGCUCAUGGGCGAGUAAGUUUCCAGGCUUUAGGAGGAGGACCACGCAUGUGAUCGGAGAGAGUGAGGACUUCCCGGUGAGGUUGUCCUGGUUCAUCGUCAGUGAGCUUGGGGCAAGUUUGAUUUGCAAAGCGUUUAUUCAAGGGCAGUGGUGGAGGGCGAUGGUGAUGGCGAUUUGUUUCUCAGAGGCCACGACAAUGAUCAACGGACCCCACGACUGCAUAGGUGCGCCGCCACCUGACUGCAAUGCGGCUGAUUUUCGCGGGACGGCUUGGGACAUGGGGUCCCCGCUGCCGCGGAUGUCCGGGUCCCCCUCUGAGCCGGAGAGUUCACCGAGGUCUGGCCGCAUUCCACCUGCCUCCGGGUCUCCGGUCCCUCGGAGAGGGACCCUCUGGCAGGUUGAGAUCCUGGAGACGCCGCCCAAGAGCACCAAGAAGGGCACAGAGGUUGCUUCAUCCACGGUCAUCCUGGAUGCUGAACCAGCGUCGCCAUCGAAGGGCUCUCCAUCGAAGACUCCAAGAACGCCGAUUGGUCAAGAGCCUGUCACUCCAGUGAUGAAACAUCGUUGGUCGACACCUGGGAGGCCGUUGGUCAAGCCAAAGAAUUUGAGCAUGUUUUUCAGCCCAGCACCAAAGGUGAAGAUCUCGCCGGUCGACCGGCGCGCGCAGGAACCGCCUGGUGUCGAGUCUGACCCAGCCCAGUGCGGAGCGCAGGGCUGGGUCAGGGGUUCCGAUCUGAAGGAAGUCAAGGAGAGCACUCCUGAAAGGGAGCCUCCAACAGAUGGGUCUGUUGCAGAGGCUCUGACAGUGUCGUUGCCGAAGAUCUCCACUGCGGCGGUCUUGGGCCAUCGGGGGACACUGGAUCUCUUCAGGAGACGGCUCCGGCGGCAAAAGCUCACCAGCUCCGGCGCAGAGGUGAAGGCCAGAGGCCGGAGGAAGGUGACGAAGGUGACGGCUACGGCAAGGAGGGCGAAGGCAAAGAAAGGCAGCGUGCCGCUGUGGAAGCUGCGCAAGGAAGUGGGGAAAGCUCUAGCAGCUCCCAUGACGAAGGUGAUCGCGCGGCCGGUCACCAGAAAAGCGAAGCUCGCGGCCGGGCAGAGGGCAGCCCUAGCAGAGAAGGUGCAGGUAGCUGAACCUGCCGGAAGCCAGGGUGCUUUACCACCAGUUCUGCCUGAGGAAGCAACGCGGCUUGCUCCUGGCAAAGAACCGCCUAUGCGCAUGAUCCUGGCCAAGGAGGAUGCCAUGAAGACUAGCAGGGUGGUCAUGCCUUUGAUCCCACCACUCCCAGUGCCUCAGCCUCCUCAGGCUCCGGCCGCUGAGGGGAAGUGCAGCGAAGGCGACAGCGACGAUGAUCUGCCGCUGUCUGACCUGGUCGAAAAGAGGUCGACCUUGGCAUCGUUGCGGCCGAAUCGACCUCCCACAACGUGGUCAGAGCAACUUCGGUACCCUUUGGACAGCGCGACCUUCCCAAUCCGGAUCUAUCCGAUCGGAGAGGAGCCAGCUGACGAGGUAGAUGAUCCAUGGUCUUCAUGCUCAGAGCCUGAAGAUGGUGAUUUGCUGGAUGGCCCUGCGGUCCGGGAUCCUCACGACCGACCUGGAGGACUCGAGGCCGGUGUGACGACCCUCCUCUGGUGCCGCAGCAGCUUUGAGAGGCUGCUUGGAGAGAAGACAUAGACUUCAGAGGCCUUUCGCUUCUGAUGAGGUGACGGCCGGUGCCAGAUUCUGCCAGAUUGCACGACUGAUUGCUGAGACCAAACGAGCAACCAUUGGUUGCUGAGCUGUGCCAUCCAACCAGGAAUGCUC